UUUCCUUUCCCCCUCUGUUCCCAUUCUCCAAGAAGGACUUCUCCCCUCCCGGCCGGUUUCCUUUCCCCCUCUGUUCCCAUUCUCCGAGAAAGACGUUUUCCCUCCCGGCCGGUUUCCUUUCCCCCUCUGUUCCCAUUCUCCGAGAAACACUUCUCCCCUCCCAUCCGGUUUCCUUUCCCCCUCUGUUCCCAUUCUUCGAGAAACACUUCUCCCCUCCCGUCCGUUUUCCUUUCCCCCUCUGUUCCCAUUCUCUGAGAAAGACGUUUCCCCUCUCGACCGGUUUUCUCUCCUUGUUCUCUCCCAGUCACUACUACCGCGUAUAUUUGGGUUCCAAACCCUAACCCAAAAUAGGAGUGUCGCUGCUUCUUCUUCGUGAUUUAUCGUGCUUGACAAGUUCUCUCUCUCUCUCUCUCUCUCUCUCUCUCUGAGUAGUAGUUUCAUGCUAGUUUAGAAGCUACUCUCUGGUUGCUAUAUAAUCUGUAUAGAAGCAUGUAUGUGGGAACUGGUGGACUCUCUGGUUGCUAUUAAUUUUUUUUCUUCUUUAUCUACUUUGUGUCAAUGCCACGCAUCUAGAAGUUGUUCAAGUUGUUCAUGGUGUAUCUAAGUAACUUGGAUCUUAAUUAGCUUUAGAAGGAUUAAUAGCAGGAUGUUAAUCCCUACGACUUGCUGGAUGAAUAAACUAAUACCAUGUAUAUGGUAUCGGGAUCUUCCUCAAUAGAUAUGGAACUAAUAGUCUUGGUUUUAGUUGAUUUUAUGAGGUGAGAGGGUUAAGAUUUGUUCACUUUUCACCCACUCUGUUUUAGUUUUAAUGAAAUCGGGAUGCAAUAUUUGGGGGUUUCAAGUUAUCUUUGGGUUAAGUGUUCAUCCUUACCCCCAAAAUACUCUAAGCCUCAAAAAGUGAAAAUAGAAACCCAAGUCUAUUUUAAUCAUUUUUUUUAUAUGAACUGGUUUAAUCAUUUUAGGUGUACAGCAUGCAGUAUGUUAAGAAGUACUAUAAUAUAUAGUAGCCAUUAAGUCAUUUUCUUGGCUUGGAAGGAGGACACUGUUUAAGUCUUGAAGGGCCUGUGUCUCACUUUUCAUGUGUGAACAAAUGUCUUGAACACUUGCUCCUGUUCUUAACCUAUGCUUGAAGCCACCCAUAUCCACUCUGUUUCCAACCAAUUGUGUCCCACUAAGCAGGCACAUGAUUCCUAUUAUUUCAUGAAAUUAUUCAUGAAACAACCUGAUUAGAGUUUGUGUUUAAAGUAGUUCCAUUUGUAAACAUUUCAGAAAAGUAGUUCCAUUUCCAUUUUACCUGAUGUAUAGUUGUUGCCAAUGUUUUUUGCUCUUUGCAUGUAAUGCAGAUGCGGUUCCUUAAUUCAUUUGCUUUUUCAGUUAAAUCUUGUUGAAAACUCAUCUUGGGUGGAAGCGUAAAAUCCAUCUGCAUGGUAAUUGCUUUGAAAAUAUAUGAGAAAUGAAGCUUUAAAAACCAUAAAGUAGAAAGUGGAGUAGGAUUUGUAAAAUUGUAGUUUUUUUCCUUCUUGAAAAUUUUAUUGUUUCAUGGGAAGCACAGUGAAAUAAUCCCAAUUAUGAGUUAAAAUAGCCUUGUCAAAUCUGGGAGAAUAACCAAUGCUUCUCAAACUGUUUGGUCCUAAGUCCUGGAGACAGAAUAACCAAUGCCUUUUAUAUUCCAGUCAUAAAUAUGAUUAAAUCUAUUAAAACCUUUGAUCCUUUUUUGCAAAUAUUGACCUCCACACAUAUGCAGAAAAGCCCAUGUAUGAUCUUCCUCUUAUAAUAGAAGUAGUGGGGCAGGACCAACUUAGAAGAUUAAUGCUAGUUUUCAUUAAAUAGUUAACUUGUUGUAACUUCAUGCAUUAUCUUGUUUCCAAUAUAAGUUCACUAAUCUGCACAAACACUCCAACACUCCACCUCUCUUCUCUAAAAAAAGGAGUCUAAACCCCAACAGACCAUAGUGAAUGAAAACCAAUUUUUUUUAGCAACAGUUUACUCCCACCUCACAGUGGGAACAUGUCUGAACCAGAAAAGGUUGCAUCGUCAGCUUCUUCAUCUGAACUCACUAUUCAUACUUUGAGAAACAACCCAAUGUGCACUUAUGGGUCACCUGCUUCACUUAGAACAUCAAAUACACCAAGGAACCCAGGUCGAGCAUUCUUUGGAUGUUCAAAGUACAAUAAGAAGGGGUUACCCCACUGCGACUAUUUCAAAUGGGCAGAUAGUGAUCAGGCAAGCGAAAAUGAACUGAUGAAAAUAUUUGGUGAGAUGUGUCGGAAGGAAGAAGAGCUUAGGAAAGUGCAGGUAGAGCUUCGAAAUUUUGAGAAAGAGGUUCGAAAAAGAGAGGAAGACGUCCAGAAAAGAGAGGAAGAAGUUCGAACUUGGAUGCAAGAGGCUCGAACUUGGAUGGAAGAGGUACGAAAAAUACAUGGCAAAAUUGUCAAGCGGGACUCGGGAGUCCGGUGUGAACGUCCACAUCUGCGUAUUUAUUGGGCGAUCCCUAUAUUACUUUAUUUAUACUUGACUUGAUCACAGUGACUUAUUGGACAGCAUCUAAUUGUAUAAAUCUGCCCACUAGUGAAUCUGGAAUUUAUUUAGAAGUACUAUAAAUGUUUAGGUCCUUUUGGAACAUGUGGGACAACACUUUUGAUUAAAAGCCUUUGAUUGUAUAUAUUGACAAGUAUCGGUUUAGGCUUUA